CCUCGGAACAGCUCGGCGGGCGCAGUCAUUAUUGCGCCAGUCUAACACCCGCCAGCGAUCUUCCUCGUCGCGGUCGUGCCGACUUUCCCGAACGAUUUCCGAGACCACUUCGCGGUACCAACGCAGCCAGCAAGGACGUGCGUACGAGGAGAGGAGAACGGCCUCGUGGCACGCCUCGUGGUCACCUCGCGGAGCGCGCUGACUAUCGCGUCAAGGUACCUCGGCGGAUACGAUGAGACUCUUCUCGGGGAACGAAGAAAAUGUGACGUGAGAGAUUGGCCUUCGGCGGGUCCUUCGGCGAGUGCGACACGCUCUGCGACGCAGUCAGUACGCGCGGGCGCGGGUCAUCCUGCAAAAUGACCGUCGCGAUGAGGAGGAGGUUGUUGUCGACGGCGGCGGUGUGCUGCUGGCUCCUGGUGGCGCUCGGUGUCGGCCAGGUCGCCGGACAAUUAUUGGACACGGAGUUCCAGCCGACGGUGACGGCGACGUGCAAGGGCGGUUACAUGACGAUUCGCGUCAAUCUCAAUCAGAGUUUCGUAGGCGCGAUCCAUGCUCGGGACCAUCGAACCCCGCAGUGCAUGGUAUCGGGCAAUGGCACGACACACGCCACUCUGGGCAUCAAUCUGUUCGCGUCGCAGGACAGUCCCGAGUAUUGCGGAGUUCUCGUGAACAACCACACGGAAGAACGUUCCAUUCCUAUCGCAGUUAGAAUACACAAAACGCUAGAGCUAGCAGAUGACAAGUUUUAUGUUAUUACAUGUGGAAAAGCGGGCUUCAAAAAUGCCAAAAAUGAAACUUCGCUGGUUUCCCUGCGCCUUUUGGACGAAGACGUCAGAGUACAAGAAGCUAUAUACGGUCACAAUUAUACGCUGCGUGCCGAGAUUUCACGCCCAGACGGAAUGUACGGGAUCCGUGUCAAGAACUGCUUUGCGUUCAACAAGCUCAAUUCCAGUGUGCAACUUUUAGAUGACAAAGGCUGUCCUGUGAAAGUGCGAAUGACGAAAUUCAUAUACGAUCGAAGUACCGGUAUAGCGGAUGCUACAUUGUUUUCAAUGUUCCGGUUUGCUGAUAGUUCAGAGGUGCAUUUCCAAUGUGACAUCGCCGUGUGCAGAGGAAGCUGUGGUACUCCCAUAUGCGAAGGAGAUAAAGAAGAAUUAAUAAAGGAUGUCUCCUCGACUAACGGACAAAGCGUUAGUAGUGAAGAAGGAGUGCUACUUGCUGGAACAAGUGUUUUUGUUCUUCAACCAGGGGAAAAACGAGUUGUACAAACAUUGUACGAUGACGGCACCGUGCAUCCGCUGUGGCUCCUGUGGCUGGCGGUGGCACUCGGGAUAUUAUUCCUCAUCAUGCUCAUUAUCAAUAUAUUCCUGUGUUCGGCGAUGACCUGUAGCUGCACCCGGACCGACAUUAUCGAGAAGGAGCCGUCAAUCAUUGAGGAUUACGAUCCGUACCGCAGCUGGCACGGUUCUCAAUACGGGUCGAGGUAUUCGUUAAAUGGAAAGCAAGGAUACGCCUCCGGGGGAUCAACCAUGAAUUCCACGAGAUCGAUAUCGACGAACAGCGAUCAUUAUGCGAUAGUGCAUUCCCGACCAGGAAGUAGAUACUCCGGUCCUGGACAAAAACAUCAUCAUCAUCACAGAGGACCGCCGUCCAAUAUCGGUUCACAUUAUUCCGGGAAGUGAUGUUCUCGUUAGCUUCAUUUAUCAAAAACUAGAACUCCAUCGUUUUCACAUUAACGUUACUCUAAACUUAAACACAAAUUUUAUAUAUAUAUGCAUCGCUAUGGCAUUACUUCAAUCGCACGAAUGACAGGCAUUCGGUUCAACCGUAAAACUGCUAGUGCAAUCUUAGGAGAAUUUCAAGUAUUAUAUAAGAAUUAGAAAAUAUUGAAUAUAAUGUCGAACGAUGUGUUAACAUUUUCUUGAUCACUAAUCAGGAAAUCAAUUAUAUUUACCGUACUUGAGCUAACAUACUUUGAAAAAACUAACUAAUAUCAAAAUAGCAGAAAUUAAUAAAGUGAGACGGGAUUAAAAAAGUGUCAACAGAUCAAGUUUGAUAUUAUAUAAUGAUUGUUAAUUUAUCUUUUAUGACGAAAAUUUUGCAGCGAAUGACGGAAUUUGUAUAAUGUCGAUUGAAUAUUAUAUAUGUUUUAUUAUGUUUUUCUUACGGAGAUCUUUUUAUACUCUUGCACUUGUUAAUAAUAUCAACAUAAUGACAUAUCUUGAUAAAUUCUAAAAACGCGGAAUUAAAUACGUUAACAAAUUUUUUUAUGAAUAAGCACGAUUCACACGUCGAUAUUUUUAUAUUUAGCUUUAUCAUUAAAGUAAAAUGAUUCUCCGUGCUAGACUGCGUAUGUAUCAUAAUAUAAUAGUCAUAAGCAUAGACAUUAGAAUUUACAAAAUUGCGCAUUGAUCUUAAAUAAGAUAUAUCUUAAAUAAGAUAUAUUAGAUAAAUGCUUUUUGUACAUAAAUUCAUCAAUCUAAAAAUACAUGUGCUUCUUAUUUCUAUCA